GGCCCACAGAUAGACACACUUCGAGUUGAGCAGCACUUCCAGCAGCAUCACAGCCCAAGCCCAAGCUUAAAACAAAUAUUCAAACAUGAAGUUCUUCGCACUCCUCGCUGUCUUCGCUGCCGUCCUGUCGCUGGCCUGUGCACAGAUUCCACCUACAACCGUACCUGUUCCAUCGACAUCGCUAUCAUCAUCGCCGACCACAACGACAACGUACACCUACACGACGUCGCCCACAACACCGACCACCACCCUCACCACCGCCAUAACCACCCCGAAGCCCUUCAAGCAGCAGCUCCUGUCGCUGCUGUUCAACAAGAGAACCGGAUAAGCACCUGCCGCUCUCCCGCCACCGAUCCCUCCUCCGAUUAGUACAAUGACAACAAAAUAAUAAAAACAACAAACAAACAAACAAACAAA